UAUGCCGGACGUCACGUGACGUGAGGUGGGGAGGUUGGCGGCCGAACGAGUGAGUGAGAGUGCCUGUGUGAGGUGGGGCGGCUGGCCGACCGACUGGCGUCCACUCCCCUCACGCCCGUUCCGCGGGGUGGAGAGAAGGUGACUUCCAUCGCGUAGUGGUGCCGCCGCCCCUCCUCCACCACCAUCACCUCCUGAAAGCGGGUCUCUGGCUGUGGCAGGGUGUAACUAGUAAAAGUGAGAAGGAGGAAACUUGUGGUGGAUGUGGUUUACUGGAACUCUCCAAAUGGGUUUGAUAAGAUUCCAUGUAAGAGGUGUGGCAUUAACUGAUUUACAAGAUUAGAAAGAUGACUGAUGCCAGUGAGAUGUUGGCUGCUGCCUUAGAGCAAAUGGAUGGUAUCAUAGCAGGUUCAAAGUCUUUAGACUACUCAAAUGGUCUGUUCGACUGUCAGUCACCAAACUCCCCAUACAUUGGUGGGCUGCGUGUAUUACACCUAGUUGAAGAUCUUCGUGGACUGCUAGAGCUGAUGGAAACUGAGGAGAAAGAUGGAUUGCGGUCUCAAAUACCAGACUCAACUGCAGAACUUUUGGGUGAAUGGUUACAGAGCCAUCUGACAAAUGGCCAUAUCUCUGUCACCGGUGAUGCAUACCAGGAUAGACUGGCACGAUUAGAAGGAGAUAAAGAAUCCUUGGUUUUACAAGUGAGUGUUCUAACAGACCAGGUGGAAGCCCAAGGAGAGAAGAUUCGAGACCUAGAGAGUUGUCUGGAUGAGCACCGAGAGAAGUUGAAUGGCACAGAAGAGAUGUUACAACAGGAGCUCUUAAGCAGAACAUCACUGGAGACUCAGAAAUUGGAUCUAAUGGCUGAGGUGUCAAAUCUAAAGAUAAAACUGAGUGCACUGGAAAAGGAUAAGUUGGAAUAUGAAGAAAGGUAUAAAGAUACGGAGGGGUUAUUUCAAGAAGUUAAUGAUCUGAGAGUAAAAGUGGUUGAAAUGGAAAAUGAAAAAAUUCAGUUUGAUAAGAAACUGAAAUCAACCAAGGAUGAGCUGCUGCAGCUGAAGGAACAGUUGGAACAGAAAGACGCUGAGAUCAAGAGGCUAUGUUCUGAAAUGAGUUUCAAAACUGAAAUGGAUGAAAGUGACAGUGGGGCAGAGGAGAGUUAUAAAAAGAAGCUGAAGGAGAAAAAUCUUGAAGUGCAUAAAAUGAAGAAAGCAGUUGAAUCGCUGAUGGCAGCAAAUGAGGAGAAGGAUCGAAAGAUAGAAGAAUUGCGGCAGUCCUUGAAUAGGUACAAGAAGGUGCAGGAUAUGGUGAUGUCAGUGGCUCAUAAGAAAGUGAAAGAAGGUGACAGUGACGAAAGCCUCAAUGGGGGAUCUGUUGGAGUUAACAUAAGUGAUACCGUGGAAAUGGAAUUGGGUUCUUCUACUGCACCAACCCCAGCAGCAGAGCCAGUUGAAAUCCACACUAGCAUCCUUCAAGUGCCAAUUCCAAUAGUUUCAUCUACUCCUAAGACUCAUGCUCCACAGGUAGAUAAGAAGAUGGAGCCUGAAGUUGAAACAACAUCUGAUGUUGGUGAAAUACAGUCAAGUGAUAUCUCUUCAUUAAUUGAAGAAACUGUCAUAUGUGACAGUCCUAUAUUGUCAGAAGUACACAAGUUUGGCAGUCAGGAGAACCUGAGGACGGAAGAGGAGAACAAGAAAUUAUCUCUGGAACCUGUUCAGAGCCCAAUAGAGCUGGCAGGGAACAUUUUGCUCUUGAUUAAGAAUAAAGCAUGUAUGGAGAUUAGUAAGCUUGCAUCUCUGCCACCAAAGCCACCAAAUGGACAUCAGAAUUCGCUGGAUGAUGAAAGUGCAGCCUCAAAAAAAGCCAGAGCUUCUUUUGGCCGUGGAUUCUUCAAGAUCAGAGGUAGCAAGCGAACAGCUAGUGCACCUAACCUGGAUCGCAGUCGAAGUGCAAGUGCACCGAUGCUAGCUGAGACAGAGAGAGAAUCAGAGCAUGUGGAUACUGCUGGUCUCCCACUGCGUGCAGCAGAAGCUGAUGGUUGUCAGCUAUUUCCAACUUCCCCAGAAUUGAAAAAGAAAUCAAAAGGAAUUAAAAAAUUGUUUGGAAAGCUUAAAAGAAGUCAGUCAACCACCUUUACUCCUGAUGAUAUGACUGAUUCAGAUUUCAAGAGAGGUGGAACCAGAAGUACAUCAGGUCCCAAACUUGGCUGGUCCCGGGAUCUGCAGCAUUCUAAAACUGAUCUGGAUGCUCCAUUUGCAAAGUGGACCAGAGAGCAAGUGUGUAACUGGCUGCAUGACCAAGGAUUGGGCAUGUACGUAGGUGGUUCCAAAUCCUGGAUCACUUCAGGCCAGACUUUGCUGCAUGCAUCUCAGCAGGACCUCGAAAGAGAGCUUGGGAUCAAGCAUCCGCUACAUAGGAAGAAGUUGCAACUCGCUCUGCAAGCAUUUGGCUCUGAAGAAGAAGAUAACAAGGGAAAGCUGGACUACAACUGGGUGACAAGGUGGCUGGAUGAUAUUGGAUUACCCCAGUAUAAGACACAGUUUGAUGAAGGGAGAGUUGAUGGUCGAAUGCUUCACUAUGUGACCGUGGAUGACCUGUUGUCGCUGAAAGUUGGCAGUGUUCUUCAUCACCUCAGCAUCAAGAGGGCAAUUCAGGUUCUCCGAAUAAAUAAUUUUGAAGCUAAUUGUCUUCGUAGAAGGCCGUCUGAUGAGAAUAACAUCACCCCCGCUGAAGUCUCCCAGUGGACAAAUCACCGAGUGAUGGAAUGGCUGCGAUCAGCAGAUUUGGCAGAAUAUGCACCCAAUUUGCGUGGUAGUGGUGUGCACGGUGGAUUAAUGGUUCUGGAACCUCGUUUUAAUGUGGAAACACUAGCGAUGCUGCUGAAUAUUCCUCCCAACAAGACUCUGCUUAGACGACACUUAGCUACUCACUUUAAUUUGCUGGUUGGUCCUGAUGCUCAACAGCAGAAACGAGAGGCUGUGGAAUCCCCAGACUAUUCUCUCCUAACAGCCACUGCCAAAGUAAAGCCAAGAAAGCUGGCAUUCAGUAAUUUUGGAAGUUUGAGGAAACGAAAACAGGAUGAAGAAGAAUACGUAUGUCCGAUGGAAUUGGGGCUUCCUGCAGGAACUGGCUUCAGACAAGGAAAUAAACAAGGACGAGGGAUAGAACUACGAGUAUAUAACGACGAAGACUUGGACAGGAUAGAGCAGAUGGAUGAUUCUGAAGGAACAGUGAGGCAAAUUGGAGCAUUCUCUGAGGGAAUCAAUAACCUAACACACAUGCUAAAAGAGGAUGAGCUGUUUAAAGAUUUGAGUGCUGGCUCCCCGUGCACCAGCAUGACGGAUGAAGACUCAAAUGUGUAAUUGUGAAUCACAACUCGACGUCUUGAAUAUGGACAUAGCUUUUUAUGGGAGUUUUUUGGACCAACACUACAAAAUUUUAAAUUCCUGCACUACUAAUACCUUGGUUCCAUGUCACAUUAUGCAAAUACAUAACAGUGUACAUUGAAUUAUUUCUCCUGUUUGGAAAGAUCUUGUACCUGUACUUUUGCAGAAAAAUCCAAUCAUUGUCAGAACCAUUGGACUGCAGUCCUUUUUGAGAAAAGUAAAUGCCACACGUUUUGAAUUUAAAAUUCAUCUUGUUUAAUCAGACCGUAGAUGCGAGUAAUUUAUUUUUGUAGAUUCCAUUGUACAGUGGUUCAGUACAAAAUUAAAUGCCAACUCUUGUAUGAUUUUUUUUCAUCAAGAUAUUGGGGAACUUUUAAUAAGAUAUGUGAAGAGCUUAAAGUGCUAGUGUUUCUGCUGGCCUGAUUACCAAACUCACUCCUGCAGUCUGGUCUGACUUCCAAACCCAAUAAAUUGGGUUCAGCAGCCAAAAAACUCUUAUUAAUUAUGAGAAUGAAGCAAUAUUUCCAGAAUGCCUUAAAUAACCAAAAAUACUGCCAUUUUAUUAAUAUCACUUAUUUUACAUUGAUUUUGCCUUGUCCUGCCACAAUACAAAUUUUGUACUUCUUGUAAUGUCUUUCUUAAUGGCAGGUAAAAGGGCAUGUUUUAUAACAAGCAACUUAUACUGAGAUUACUGACAAGUGCAGUGAUUUAUGUUGAUGUAAGGAUUGCAUACCAGCUGGUUACUGGCCUAGAAUCCGCACAGAAUUUAUCAAGUAUUUUUCAAAAUGUGAGGUUUGAAGUACUGUAAUUCCUGUUUUGUAAUCUGAACUGCAAUUAUAAUUUAGCAAGUCUUAACAGAAUUGGACUGUUGGGGUGGAACCAUAUUCAUUUUAAGUGUCUGGAUAUUUUAAAUGGUACAUACCACAUUGUGAGAACUAUUUCUAUUUCUUAACCAGAAGGGUAACUGGCGAUCAUGUUGCUGAUCAGUGUGGACACUGUUUAACUGACUUAAGCAAUUUAAUUAUCCUUCAUCAUGUAUACAUCAGUAUCUUGCAAUCCACUUGGAUGGUUGAGUUGUGUGGAAAUUACACAGCACAGUGGCUCAGUGGUUAGCACUGCUGCCUCAGCACCAGGGAUCUGAGUUCAAUUCCAGCCUCGGGCAACUAACUAUCUGUGUGGAGUUUGCACGUUCUCCUGAGUCUGCGUGGGUUUCCUCCCACAGUCCAAAGAUGUGCAGGUUAGGUGGAUUGGCUAUGCUAAAUUGCCUGUAGUGUCUAGGGUUGGAUGCUGUUCAGCGGUUUGGUGUAAACUCGAUGAGCUGAAUGGCCUGCUUCCACACUGUUGGAUUCUAUGAUCUAUAAUCUUAAUAUCAAGUCUAGCUCAGUAUCAGUUUAAAAUCGAUUAUCAACAUCCAUCCUGUCAAGAGUGGACUGAGAUUCUUGCUAACCUAUUUCUAUACAUCAGUGCUAUAAAUUACUUAAUAUUUCUGCAUUGGAAAUGCAGUCAACUUAAAUAUGGAAUCCUGAGCAAAUGCUUUUUACAGAAACAUGAACCUUUUCUAUGCAGCAUUUUGUAAUUGUUCCGUAUUGCAUAAUGCAUCAAUAGUAAUAUGUAAUUUUGUUCCACAAAUAUAUAUUUUAGCCAAAAAUUAUGUCCAUAUGACUUUAAAAUUUAAAUAGUCUCCUUAUUUAAACAUCAGGAAGAAAACUAAUCUUUGAAAGCUACAGCUUCCUGUUUGCUCAAGUCUCUGAACACUAUAUGUAUUUUUCUACACUCUUCAAACAUAAGACAAAUUACGUUGGUAUCAUUGAAAAGAAAACUUCAAUUUUGAGGGUAAUCUACUGGCAGUCAGGGAGUCUCUGAAGCAAGAUUUUCAAAACAACAUCACAACCACUUGUUUCUGAAUCUGAAAACUGUAACCCGGCAUCAAACCUGAUGUUCAAUGUGCUUUAUAUUUUUUAUUUAUUUCACUGUUAAUGAUGCCAUUAUUCUGCCAUAUACAUUAAUGUUGAGGGUUUCUUGUGCAAUGUUUGUGGCAUAUCUAUGUAUUUAGUAUAUUUCCAUUGAUAACAUUUAUUUGAAAGCAGUAACCUUUUUUGCAAGAUUUUGUUGGGCUCCAAAGUGUGUUGAAAAGAACUCAAGAUUCUUGCAUCAGCCUCCAAGAACAUGAAGACUCAUUUUAGUGGCUGUGUGAAUUUUCUUUCCAUUCCUGUCUUAAAGUAAAACUAGCUUGUUCGCUCAUUGCAUUCUGUGAAGGUACAUUAUGGGCAAACAUUGGAACAGGUACAGUGUGUGCCUCAUAACAACUACCCAAAAUACCUUUGGAAGUAUUGUUUUUUGUCUCCAGUUUAGUGGCCAAGCUUCUUUGAAUGCAAUGUCAAAAUCAACAUUUAUUACAGAAUUGAUGUUUCUAUUAUCCAUUGCCCUCAAUUGUAUGUUUCACGUGAAAAUAAAAUAUUGCAUAAUGUA